AUGGGAAUGCUGAUCGACCUAGAUCUUGCCAAAGAGCUUAGCAGCGGCCGCAGUGGUGCGCGCUGUCGUACCGGCACAAUGGAGUUCAUGGCGAUUGAGGUGCUACUUGGGGUCUCUCACACCUAUCGGCAUGAUCUCGAGUCAUUGUUUUACGUCUUUAUUUCUAUCGGGAGAUCGCUAGCGCUAAAACGAGGACAUAUGCAUGUGGAUGGAUUUGAGGAUAUCCUGGAAGAAUUUCCGCAAUCUUUCGAAUGUGUCAAACCGCUCUGCAAGGAAUUGAGGGGAAUCUUGUUUCCCUGCAGGAACGGCCUCUUCACGGGGACACCCAAAGACCCGGAGGUUCUGUAUGGACCAAUAAUCCAAGCAUUUGACAAGGCUAUUAAUGAUAUUAAGCCUACGGAGUCAUAG